CGGAAGUGGAGUGUCGCGUUAGCUCGUCGUGGGAAUGUAAAGAAAACAUCGGCCUCUUAUCUGUGGGACACAGCUACAGAAAAAAGACACCCCAAGCAACAAACCGGUUGCUGUUGGAAAAUGGACAACUCGGCAACAAAUAAAAACCACAUACCUUUUCAGACAUGGGUAAACCAUGGCCAUGGCUGGCCCACAACUUCUACGCAAGGACUUGGCAUCAACCCACACACCAACUCUCAGCAUCUCGGUCUGAACUUGUCGUCUGAUCAGCAACUAUUGUACAACCACCCUCAGGCGUCCGGUCAGAGCUGCACGAACAACAUGAACACCAACAGUCACAGCGCUGCCCCUCACAUGUCCAACUUGAAUUUGCCCAACAACGCUGCUGCACUCGGUGCUUCUCACCUGAUGUCUUUUGCUCAGCAAAUUCCUCCCACUUCAUCCAUGUGGGUAGGAGCAAACCGAGGGAAAACUAUCCCUUCAUUAUCUCUUCCCCAACCAAACCAAGGACCACAGCCCUGUUCCUCCCAGCACUUCCCACCUCUGCCAGCCAGUAACUCCUACAAAACCUUUCCUGAUCAGGCGGUAGCUGAUCAGUCCUUAAAUCUGCCAUCGUGUGGGAUGAGUGCAAAUAUGUCUCAGGCAACAUUUGGAGGACAUAGUAGAGAGCCGACAGGUGUUGAUGAAUCCUCUCACAGCUACGACUCAUCUACUUCCCAGGAGCAUCCCCAGUGGAUGCCCUCAUCACAAAGCAAUGAAGCUGUCAAUGAGUCUACUCCAGCUGUUCCUGUCGACAACGAGCCAUCACAGAAGCCUGUUGGUAAAAAGAAGCGUUCCUUAAUUCUAAAUCUACGCACACAACUAAUUAACCAGCUGGAAAACGUUAAUAAACUUUUGGAGUCUCUGCCUCAAGAUGCUGGUAAUGAUGGGCAGGCAUCCAACAACGCAUUACAGCAGACUGAGGCCAGUGAUACACAAGAAGAAGAGAGUAUGUCUGAUGAGCCUGAAGAGCCAACGUCACCAGCUGAAUCAGAGGAAAUUCAAGAAAGCUGUAGCGAGUCAGGGGAUGACAACGAUUCUGAUUUCACACCUCAAAAUGACGACAGUCUUUCAGAUUGUCCGUCUGGAGAUGGUAUCAACUCUGAGGACGAUCAUAUUGACAGCAGUCCCAAAAGUCCCACGAAUGAGACACCAACCACACAGAAAAUCAAGGAAGAAGAAGAGGAUCCAUUGUCCAAUGAGAAAAAUGACUCUCCUUCAAAAAGGACACCCAAAACAAAGCAGAAGAAGCUCUUUAAAACUAUGGUGGAAUCAAAGCAGAAAGAAGGGCAUUCUUACAAGAGAAAUUAUUGUUUGUUUUGUUCGAAACCCGUGAUCAAAAUGUCGAGACAUCUUACAAAUUCACACAGUUACAAAGCUGAAGUUGCUAUUGCUUUUCAGUAUCCUGCAAAUUCAAAAGAAAGAAAAAACGUUUGGACCAAACUAACCAACCAAGGGAACUUUGCUCAUAAUAAGGCAGUUUUGAAAACAGGAAAAGGACAACUUGCCGUACGAGUAAGACCCCAAAAAACGACGAAAUCAAUAGAAUUUGUUCCCUGUGUCCACUGCCUUGGUCUCUAUAAAAAAAGAACUGUACUGCUCCACAUGAAAAGGUGUCCUCUAAAAGACAAGAUGGAAGACAAACCAGUGGAGAAAAACAAGCGCGUCAUUUCGAGGUGUGCCCUUCUUGCAAAAGGUUGUGAUAACCUAAGCGAGGGCUUCAAGGACAUUCUGGGCGACAUGGUAUAUAAUGAGGUGACAGAAAUUAUCUUGGAUGACCCAGUGCUCAUCCAGUUUGGAGAGCACAUGUUUAAUGAGUCUGGUUUCAACGUGAAAAGCCAUCAGUAUUUAAGACAAAACCUUCGGCACGUAGCAAGACUCGUGCUCGAGGCUCAAAAGUCAACUCCUAUGCAGAGUCUGCAGGAUUUCUUUGACCCGUCCAACUUCAGACACGUGGUGUCUGCUGUAAAAGUUAUAGCAGGGUACGACCCAGAAAAGAAAACCUACACCCUUCCAUCACUGGCUUAUAAGCUUGGUUACAACCUAAAGAAGAUCUGUGGCAUUAUAGAGCAGAAUGCCAUUAAAUCUGGUGAUACCGAAGUCCAAGAGUCAUGCAAAACCUUUCUCUCCUUGUAUGAAAAUAAAUGGAAGAGGCUAGUUUCUUCACAUGCUUUGACAGGAGGAAAUCUUCAGAGGUGGCUUCAAUACAAAUAA